AUGAAUGAUAUCUUUUUAACUUUAGGAGCCCCGUGUAUUCUACAGUCUGAUAAUGGAAGAGAAUUUGUUAAUAAAGUUAUUUCUGAAGUAACACAGUUGUGGCCAGAGUUGAAAAUUGUGCAUGGUAAACCUCGGCACAGCCAAAGUCAGGGCUCAGUUGAAAGAGCCAAUCAAGACAUCGAAAACAUGCUCGCAUCUUGGAUGGCUGAUAACAAGACAACAAAUUGGUCUGAGGGGUUACGGUAUGUACAAUUCAUGAAGAACAGAGCUUUCCAUUCUGGUAUUAAGCAAUCUCCUUAUAAAGCUAUGUUCGGCAUGGAUCCUAGAGUCGGACUUUCUACUUCAUCUCUGCCCUCUGAAAUUGUCAGAGAUAUAAACGAUGAGGAAGAUCUUAAAAAGGUUAUAAACAAUAACCUAACACCUGCAAGUGAAACAGCUGACGAUAUCUUAAUGGAAGAAGAUGAAAAUAUGGUUCAGACCCAUACCUCAACUGAAAAUAAAAUAAAAAAUUCAAGAAAAACCGCUGCUGAAGGUCUAAGAAAGCAAGCAAAAAAAAUGAAAUCACACAGUGACAAGUCACAUCCACCAGCCAAUAUUGGAGAUAACGUCAUGAUAUCCAUUCCCGAUGUGGACAAGUCUAAAGUUGGACCUAAGGAAUAUCAUUGGAAAUGUUAUUGA